AUGCUAACUGGCCUUCAUUUCACCUUGAACAAUGCCCAAUAUGUCGAAAGGUCGGCCAAAGUCGAUGAAUCCAUCCCUCCAAUCUUACGGCUAGUGUCCGAAUCAAUCAUCGUAACAACUCCAUCUGUCCCGAGGCCCUCGGCAGUACAAUUGUCAUCGGGUUUGUGUCCGAUCGACGAUAAUCCUAUUGCAUUUUUCAUUCAAAGUUAUAUUGAUCCCGCCGUGGCAUUAUUCGGUGUUCCUGCCAACAUCCUCACGAUUAUCGUGCUGCGAUCAGAUAACUGUGUGUCAACCACACGCUAUCUGAUGCUUUCGCUGGCAGUGGAAGACCUACUACUGAUUGUUGUCUACAGCCUCUACUAUAUCCUACCAAAGCAAGUGGAAGACCAGUUUCGAUAUCUGCUUAAGUUUAUUGAUAGUCCACUUCAAUUUCUGGUAAAUUGGGUCAAGUUUGCUGAAACCUACACUAUUCUCCUCAUAAGCAUUGACCGCUUUCUGGCUCUCAACUUCCCACUCAGAGCGGCCGUCACCUGCCGAGUGUCCAACGCUCGUCGUGGAUUGGCAGCCACCUGGAUCCUCGGAUUGCUCAUCAAACUGCCGAAUCUUGUUCUCGACUACUGUCGUAUUGGUCCCAACGAUCCGUGCAUGCACUGUCAACCAGUCUUUCUCAACACAACAUGGUACAAAGCCUUCUACGUCGGCUAUGUAGAAAUCUUUGAUCAGAUAAUUGCCUUUCUGCUGCCACUUUUUUGUUUGAUAGUAAUGAACAGUUGCCUGAUUUACCAGCUGCGUCGCAUGAAUAGGAUCAGUCUGCAAAUGUUGGGUGAAGUCGAGAAGGUUAGCAGCCACAAUUUUGGUGGAAAAUACGCUGUUGGCAAGAACAUAAGGAAAGGUUACACUGACGAGGCUGCUGACAAGCCCAGAUACGAUAUUCUUAGAAGAGUUCAGGGCAGAAGCACACUGGCCAUCAGAGAGUGCCCAACUAAACACAAGUCUCCUACCUUGCUGAAGUUACGAUGGGACUCAGAGCCAGCUUCAGUGGAACCGGACAGCACACAGACGAGGGUCCCUUUAAUUGAAGUCGCUUCUUCUCGGCGGAUAACAGCUGGCCAGAAGUCGAUGGGUCGAGCUCCAAAGCAUUCUUCGCGACGAUACCAACAGCAUCGAAACAUUUCAGCUACAUUGAUCUGUGUUAUCACGCUAUUC